AUGUGUAUAUCCAUCGUCAUUACAAAGCUUGGAAGCCCUCUUCCGUGGCUCACCCAAGCAAUACCAGCGCGGGCCGAACAAAGAACCACGGAUCGCAUACUCUGGAACUCACCAAAGCUAAUACUUUCGCUUCCCCAGGCUCCUAUAAGUUCCAUGCUCGAGUCCCGGCAGUCCAGCGGCGAUAACUGCCCGAGUACAAUCUCCGGCGGUGCAAUUGCGGGUAUCGUUAUCGGCUCCAUCGCAGGGACCCUCCUCAUCCUUUGGCUGUGGCGAAUAUUCCGACUUCCCGGUGCGUGGAGCGGUGGUGAUACGCCUGACGUCGGCUACCGGCCUCCAAUUACUCGCAGCAGCACGAGUAGUCGCGGAAGGCGACAGCGCCGUCGCCCGUCCGCGACGUACGUCGACUAUGUCGAGAAGCCGACUAGUGUACGCAGUUCACGCCGAUAUAAGGAUCGCGACGAUUUGCGACGGCCGGCUAAGGUCUAUUUGACGGAGCCGUGA